UGACGUGUUGUUGACUUAGAAUGUGACUCAUACAUAUAUUGAGAUAUUAAUAUAUUUCUCUUUAUGUAAAUCGUAUAUUGGCUAGGUAACGUGUCUUUACAUUGCACAAAAAAAUAAAAUAAUCAGUCUACAGGGCAAUACUUGGGCUACUCAUCUUUUAGCCACAACUGUACUCCCGUCGAUAGAGGGCGCUGUGCAAAACUGAUGCAUCUGUUUGUCUACCAAAGAGGGAACCUUAAUCUUUGCUUAACGUUAGAGCUUAGAGCUUUGUGAUUAAAUUUAUGAUGAAUAGCAUAGCCUAUGCCAGAAAAGUUUUGAACCACUACAAGCUCUUCACUGGAUUAACCAUGACUAACCUGCUAUGAUGCAUGCCUAAGACAUAUAGUUUAAUUCUAGCUUAUAUCAGGGUCGCAGGUUUCGGAACAGCUAGUAGCCAACAUAAUGUCUAAAGUAGAGCGCCUGAACGCCCGAGUGGCAAAACUGUUGACGGUGGCGGUGCAUGAAGUCCUUGAGGUGGUGCGGGAAACGGUGUCGGAGUACCAGGAGAAAACCGCUCGCACUCAGCGGGAGAACGAGAGACUCAGGAGAAAGCUACAAGAAUUACAGGGCAAACCGAGGAGAGAGAGCAUGGGGACUGUACCAUCUGCCAGUGGAGAGUCCACAAAGAGGACUCGAGCUUUCCAUGAGGCUUUGCCUCUCAAGCAAGAACAAAUUUCUGAAACACUGCAGGACUUCGAACCAACUCCAGCUGACAUAGAGCAAAUCAUCAUAAAGUGUGACUCGCCAAGAGAACAUACCGACAUGCCUGCAGUCCAGAAUGAGGACUUCAUAGAGGAAAGGGAGGAGGAGUCGGUUCAAUUUGUGGCUGCCAUGGAAUUUCCCAGCACAAGCAAAUCCCAGAGACAGACUCUGAGAUGCAAGGUAGAGACAGACUCUGAACAACACCCUGAGGCAAUGAUUACCACAGAGAAUAUGUUGUUUGUAGAUGAACAGUUUUGUCCAGAUGGAAGCUCCAAUAUCCUGAACUCAGGGCUGAUUGGCACAGCGCAGUCACAAGCCAAACAUCUUAACAACGUGCUAGAUACAGACUCCUCAGUCAACUUUACUGUGGAGACCUCACCUGCUCACACUCCACCACACACUUCCUGCUCAGGAACGUCAGGCUACCCCUACCUCACCGUUACUCAGAUCAAAACCGAGGUGGACUCCGACGACGACGACUGUGGCGGUGGUGGCAGUGGCAGCGGCCCCCAGGGGGAUGACUAUGUAACUGCAGACUUUGACGGCUUUAGGGAUAUGCCGGAGCAUUCCCAUAAACGGCAGGUUGUGGCAGGAGCCUCCACCUCAUAUAGAGUGUCUUACAGCCCCACCGGGACUAAUGCUCUGCAGCAGGAUCUUAUUCUGGGUAAUGGCUUCGAUGCUAUGAGUCCAGAUGUGGACCCAGGCGGUGUUGCCGGGCGACGGAUCGGGGGGCGUCUCCCGCGCCCCUACACGCGCCACCACCCCAACCACACGGUGGCACCGAAGCGCUACAGCUGCCAGGUGUGCGGGCGCAGCUUCAACCACGCGGGGGACUUCAAGAAGCACAAGCGCGUGCACACGGGCGAGAAGCCGUACGCGUGCGGCGUGUGCGGGAAGAGGUUCAGUCAGUCGGGCUACCUGACGGUACACCUGCGCUACCACACGGGCGAGAGGCCCUACACGUGCAGCCAGUGUGGCCGGAGCUUCAGUCACUCCAGCAACUUCAGGAAGCACCAGCAGACGCACGUAGGACAGGUGCGGCUAAACACGUAGCAUGAUUACCUGGGGAGGUAUUCCAAGUACGUGGUUUCGUGGCAAACCUGGGUAAGUUAACUAAGUGUAAGUGGUAAACCUCCUACAACAAGAGCCCUAUGGCAUUGUUUUGUUAGGAGAAUGAAGCCAUACAGCUCUUCUAUUUGGAGGUUUACCACUUACUCUGAGUUAACUUACCCAGGUUCGCCACUAAACUACGUACUUGGAAUGCCCCCCUGCUGCUGUCCUGCUCCAGCUGGCCCUGAAGCCUAAGUCCUUUUAGGCAAGUCCCUCCACUCGACGCCCAUAUUGCAACGCUUUUUGUUGAAACAGUGUGGGUGAACAAACUAAUGGCUUUUGGACAGACAGUAGUGUGCAGUGCAGCUUGAUAGUUAAAAUAGGGUUAAAGGUACAGUCCCCCACCUAGUGAAAGGUUUGAAGUUGAAUUUAGGUACUCUCCCAUUCAAUGGUCCAUGAAGCAGCAUUGUCAGUUGACUGAAGUGACAUGUGUCAGUGGUACAAGUCACUUUAUUGGAAUAGCAUAAUUUAUUGGAUGUAGGCUACACCAAAGUCCUUUUAGGCAAGUCCCUCCACUCGGCGCCCAUAUUGUAAUGCUUUUUGGGCACUUAUCGGGCAUCUAUUUCAGAAGAAAUGCAC